AUCUCGACCUGAACGCGCGUGUUUUUCCGAAAACCUUUUGGUGUGUACCAUUCACUGAUUCAGAUUAGAUAGAUUCGUUCGUGUCUAUCUGUCUAUCCUUCGCGUUGUUCUGUCCUAACAUUCGGUACAGACUGUGUUGCAUCUCUCCGUGAAAUCGGUAGUGUGUUGUCGAAAAAAUCGCGCAUAUCAUCAUCCCCAGUCUAACAAAUAGGUCCGUGUGGCUAAAAGUUGAAGGAACUUCGUAUCCGUACGGCGUAGUUUUUUGUUGUCGUGUUAUUUUUUUUUGCUUCUGACACAGUCAGUCGUCAGCAGGAUUCUUACUUUCUUCGAAGAGAGGAUUUUUCCGGGGAAAACGUACCCCCGUCUACUUUGAUUGUAACGCACUGGCUAUUUUGCGUGCAGCUUUGUUUUCGCUUUCGUUUGUCGGAUUAACGAAUUGCAGCAACUAAACAAGAGGCUUGAUUGAGUCAACGACUACGAUGAUGAUGCUCUCUAGAUGUUAACAGAAGAUAAAAAAAAAAGUGAUGUACCGUUGUUGUUGAUCAGCUAUCGAGAUUAGUUGAAGCAAAAGUUAAAAAAAAAGUUGAGUCAAAAAUAACCAAUGUGCAGUGAAUUUGUGGAACAGAAGCAAUUAUUUUGAAUCUUGACGUAUUUCGAGCGAAAAAAGUUUGAAAGCAGAAGAAAAAAACACAAAAAAUCGUAAACCAUCUCCCGCAAUAUCCCAGAAUAGUUUCCUACGACGUAGGAAGGAAGCAAAUACGCAGCUUGGCAAAGGAGAAGAAUCAGAGGAAGCAAGCAGAAGCAGCAGUAGCAGAGACAAAAUCGGAAACAGUGAAAUCCGCAGAUGUGCAACUAUUAGAAACGCAACCUUAAAGCGUACGUACACAAAACUGCGAGGCGGGAAAAGCGUGAACGUCGCACACAUACACAUACCAACCCAGGAAUAUAUUUUAUUUCUGGCCCAAGUGAAGUUUUGAAAGUGGAAAAAUAACAAGGAAGAGGGUGAACCGUAUUUCGUCCAUCAAUCCUGCACAAUUCUCGGUGCUGGCUGAUGUCGUUGUUGCUGUUGUUGUGCUAACGAGUUUUGUGCCAGAACAGGGGAAAAUCAUCCCCCCAUUCCCGGUGUUCCUGUGUUGCAGCAGCCCUUAGAUUAGGGACGAAACUUUAGGCCAGUGUAAUAAUAAAGUCUGUUGCUGAAUACUGUGUACUGUACUGUACCCGGUUGCAGAUUUUUCAAACAGAACACGGAGCAGCAGAUUCAUUGGACAUCGAGACGGUGGUGCUUAUAAUUUUGAUUCGGAUUGUGCAAUUUUCGAAGAUCUCAUCGAAGGCGUAGUAAAUUUUUACAUACCAGACCUCGACCACGUGCUUAACCUUGAGAUAAGCUUUAUACCUUUAACGCACCCGCAAUAAAACUAAGAACCAAUCGAAACCAAAUGCAAAGCCAAAGAACGCAAUCGAAACUGUGAUUUUUGUUUGUUUUGUGCGGUCCACUUUUUUUAAGUUAUAACUUAGAAUAUUUCUCAAAAGAUUAUAAAAGCAAGUUGUGUGACAGGUGUUUUUCAAGUCACAAAACAAAGUAUUCCGGUAGUUUUUUGACUCAAACAACCAAAGCUAUCGUUCAGAGAAAGUUUAACAGUUACAAUAAUAGACCCACCCCAGAUCACACAACAACAAGCCCUCACAAUGCUGAUGCAAGUGAAUCAGGAAACGGCCGAUGCCCUGGCCCUGGUGCCUUCGGCGGCCACGACGACCGGGGUGCAGCAGAAGGACACCACCUGGACGAAGCUGUUCGUGGGCGGUCUGCCUUAUCACACCACCGACAAGAGCCUUCGGGAGCACUUUUCGGUGUACGGCGACAUCGAGGAAGCGGUCGUCAUCACCGAUCGGACGACGAACAAAAGCCGAGGCUAUGGAUUUGUUAUCAUGGGUGACCGAAUGAGUGCCGAGCGGGCGUGCAAAGAACCGAACCCCAUUAUCGAUGGCCGGAAAGCAAACGUCAACCUAGCGAUACUGGGCGCGAAACCACGAGGCAACCUUACCCCCGGAUUCCCCUUCACGACAGCCGGCCUCCGGACAGGAUAUCCGGUGCUACCGGGCCAGUUUGGAGUACAGCCGUACAUUUAUGGAACGCCGUAUUUGGGUACAGCCGCCGGAACGACGGGAGCAGCCGCGGCAGCCGCCUCUGGAUUAGUGCCAAUCCCCGCCACUCAGUUGUCACAUGCCGCUGCCAUCGCAGCCGCCACUAGUCAAUUCUACGAGUACCAGAAUGCAGUAGCAGCCGCUGCUGCCGCCCCUUACCCUGGCCAGUACAGUGGGUUUGAGGCAUACCCGUACGCCACUGCCGGUGCUACAGCAGGAGCAGCCGCUGCGGCCGCUCAAUACAUGGCAGCACCGUACACAUACGCUACCCUACCGCAAGCGGGAGCCGCAGCCGGUGGCUUCCCCGGACUGUCGCCAUAUCAGAACGCAGCCGCUGGAGCUGCGGCGGCCUCGGCCCUGCAGGAAGCCCGACUUCAAUAAUAUUUACCGAAAGCAUCCUCAACGCUGUCGCUACUGACCCUGCUCGGUGGAACCGACAAGAUCUGAGGAAAUAUCUGCGAUUGCCGCAAACAAACAACCCCCUACACAAACAUAUACACACACAUCAACAGACAGACCAACAAACCCGAGAGAUGAAAGGAGGUCCACAAUAAACCCCGCCAUCUUGCGGUUCGGUGAUAGACUAGCGGGAGAGCGAACGUGUCACUAUUUCGGCUUUCUACGACGCAGCCCGCUCUCUGUUUUGGAGAAUACGAGAGAGAGAAAAACAGAUGGAGAGCAGCAGCUAGUAUAGCUAGGCAGUUCUUUUUAUAUGGAUAUUAUCUAGUACUUAUGCAAAUAGUAGUUUUAAGUAAUCAAUUAUUUACUUAUCGAAAGAUUAUUAUUAUUAAUAUUGAAUCAUAAAUUAACCUAUUUAUUAUAACCUAGUUUUACGGUAAAAAUUCAUUAUUUACUAAGUAAUCGAAACAAAAAAAAAGCUCAACCUUAAGACAUAUGAAUCUAAAUAUUACAACAAAAAAAUCCUUGGAUUAAAAUUAUCAUUAAAGCUCUUAGUUGUAAAUUAUUAUAAAAUUACGUAAAAACCGAUAUGCAACUAUUCUUGCAAUAAAACUAUAUGGUUUAAUCUUUCUUUUUACCAAUCAAUUUAAAUCUACGGAAGCAAUACAUCUCAAAGCAGCUAUCCCAAAAAUCGGAACCAAAACCUAUCAAAGCGGCGGCACACAUUUACUUAAGCUCUUACCUGCCACCGACUAUAAACAAAAAAAACUAAGAAAUAAUAUCUCAACCCAAAAAAAGAACAAACAAAAUAUACGGUAAUAUAUUUUACAAAAAAAAAAAACAACCUGCUCCGAGCUCCUUUUUCACAUAAGAUGAUUAUUUUGAACAAAAAGUAAAAGAAAAACAAUUGUCAUGUUACAACCAGUUGACGAGAGCGAAUAUUACUAUCAAAAAUAAUUACACACACACACACACACACACACACACGGAUUAACACUUAGUGAUAUUUAUCAGCCGUAAAGUCUACUAGUAACAUAUUGCUAUUUAUACACCGGAGUUUGUAAGAGAGCGAGAGAGAGAAAAGCGAAACAGGGAGAGCGAUGCAAAAAAAAGUGAGUAACAAACCGACAAAGCAAGCCGCGAAAGUCAAAAUUUUUCUAAGAACCUUGUUCUGUUGACUCUUUUGAACGUUGUAAUAUUUUUUCCAAGCGAGAGAAGCAAAAUUAUUGGAAAUUAAAGAAGUUUGAAACAAGGUUUACUUAGCAGAUAUUUCUGCUAUAAUCCAAGUGAAGAUUCGAUCCUUUACAAGUACUGGGAAACGGAGACGACAACAAUUUAUUUGUCCUUUUUUUGGAAGAAAAGACUUUUGUUUCUUCGAAUGAUGUUUCUUAAGCUCAAUUGACUAACUUUCAAUGCAUGGAGCAUCCAUUUUUCGAUAAAAGUUUAAAAAAAAUCAUAAUCAGAUUUCAGAGAAGUGAAGUCCAAAAAGAUGGACCGGUAACAAAGACUAUAUGUCCAUGAAUGAAGUUCGAUUUCAAAAUCCUUGUUUACAUUUCAACUUAACGUCAACAUUGAAGGUGAAGUCGUUGGGCUAAAAGAACGUCAAUCAAACAAGUUACACGGACAUGAAAGAAGAAGAAGAAGAAGGCGAUCACCAUGAAUCGGAAUCUAGUCAAAUGUUUUUUUUUUGUGUGUGAAUUAUUUAUUUUGUUGAUGUACCUAGGUCAUAUUUAGCAAAAAUCUGUCACCCGGGGGCGGACGAUCAGCAAUGACUAAACCGACCGGAAUCCUUCCUCAGUUAAAGAUUUCAUAUUUAGUUUCCCGCGAGAGUUAGAUUUCAAAUUAUGUCUUUUUUUACAGUGUGAAUUCUUACACUUUUUCUUCGGUAGAUCAAAUCUUCUGUUUUGUAGACAUUUUUUUCAAUUGAUUCAAUUGAGAGAAGAGACUUUUUCAGCUUGAGGGAGCAAGGAAGAGCAUGCGAAUGCGAGCGAGCUAAACCAACGAAUCAAUUUACGCAGAAAAUAAAUCCAAACCUCAAUCCUUAAAACAUAAAAUCAAUAGGCUUAAGCGUUAGCAUACUCUUGAAAACAACAAACCUUUUUAGAUCUUUGCGAAAUAUCUCGAAAAUAAGAUAACAAACAAUAUCGAAACAAAAGCGUAGAUACAACAACACAGUGACGGAAAAUAUCUUAUCAAAAAUCGUGCCUUUUGUGCUGGAACACACCGAGAGAAAUCACACCGAUCAGUAAAAUUAUAUUUAAAAACAAUCGAAGUAAAUUAACAAAAAAAAAGAACCUAUCAGCUCCCACAAGGCACUUACAAGACCUUUAACAAUCCUUCAAACCAGUCUAGCCUGGUCAGGUCCCAUCGUGUAGCAUUUUACGAAACAGAAAGGGUUUGAAGGAUUAUUGACAAACUACGAAGCGCACCACCAACUUUUGACAAUAUAGAGAUAACAAAGUAUGUAAAAAAAACCAAUCGAAACCGAAAUUUACAAACAAAAUUUAAAGUAAAAAUUACUAGAUUCGAGUAAACUGUCAUGAAUUUUUUAACAAGCAGGUAGAAAACCGCAUUUUUAAGCGCAAUUUUAGACAGUUUAAAUGCUUGCAAAACACCACAAUAUCUUGCGUCUAUUUGGUUCAAAAAUAAAUCUUAUACUGAAAAAGUUCUCCUUGGAGCGAUCAAUUGAUGAAACUACACAGGGCAGCACAAAUUCGACCCCAGAAACGCAGAACGAAGAUAAAGUAACAACCAGAACCCAAUUGUUAACAAAAAAACAGGUAAAUAUGUCAAAUUGUUAGGAUUCGUUUACGAAAUUAAACUGCUCAAACAAAUUUAUAUGUUUACCACAUUUGGGCGUUCAUUUUUUUUUAAAAAGGUACAUUACUCAAAAGAGUUAUGCAAACGCAAAUUUGGUCUUGAAAACAAAACUUUUCGAUUUUUUUCUGCCGACGAACCCAAUCCCGAAAAAGUUUUAAAACAAAGAAAACUGUGUAAAAAUUAUACAAAAAAUCACAUUGUUAUGUUUAAAAUUUGAGCAAGUGGAACAAGCAAGGAAACGAAAACAAAACAAUCGGAAACGAUCAAAGUAGACCAGUGGUUUCCGAACGAAGGCGAAAUCAAUAAGUACGCAAAAUAGCAAUCCCUAUUCUAGUGGUUAAGUUUAAGAGGAACAAAACAAAUACAAAACAAUAUUAUUAUUAACGAGAAAGCAAAACAAGAGUUAAACAAAACGUGAAAGAAUCUCAUUAUUGCAAUUUGAAACACAAGAAAAACACACAACAAAAAUUAUUUGAAUGAAAGCUCUAGAGAAGUGGUAACAAAAUUGAUGAAUAGCAAGGAAGAAAUGGAGAGCGAGAGAGUAAAAGAGAACAAAAACACGUGACUCGCCUUUGGCGAGGAGAUAUUUUUAACUGUAAAAAGUUACACAAUAAACGAAUAUUUGUUUAAGGUGAAAGUAUUUUAUACUUGAUGAAUUCAUUGAAACAUAACAAAACAAAAACAGACCACUCACAGUUAUAACUGAGUCAAUCGACGGACAGCGGCCAGUAGAAGCUUUCACAUGUGAGAGCGAAGGAAAUAAUAAUUUCUUUAACAUUAAUACAUAUUAUUACAAAUUACACAAAAAAAGAUGAAAAAAAAACCAAAAAAAAAUACUGAUACUUUUCAAAAACCGAAAAUACUGGGCCGAACCAAAUCUGAAAUAUAAAUUCAAUAUAAAAUCAGAGCAAACCUAUUAGCAUAGAGCAUUACUUCAUUACACUCGUAAUUGAUGGAUAAGUACAGAAUAUGAGAAAAACAAUAGAUAUUGACAGCAGACAACAAAAAUGAAAAACACACAAGCAGAAAAUGGUAAGAAAAAAAAUCAGAUUUAGCAGUAAGCAAGUCGGUAACGAAACGAUAAGAAGAGAAUACAUUAAUCAAGUGACAAAGAAAGGUCAAAUACAAGAAUUAAUUAUUAUACAAGAUUAGAAACUAUAUAUUUAAAAUAAAAAAAAAACAAACCUUUAAAAAUAAA